AGUGGUAGAGCAUUCGACUGCAGAUCGAGAGGUCCCCGGUUCAAACCCGGGUGCCCCCUCAACUUUUUUGCAAGUCUGUUGUAGGAUUUUAUUGCUAUAAAUCACAAGAUAAUAAUGGAACAUUUUAAAUUUAGUGAACUACCAUUGUUUGAACUGCUAAUAAUGGAUUCGUGUUAAUUGAUUUUUUUUAAUAUUCUUAGAAGCUAUUAUUCAUGUAUAAUGUGAGAUUAUAUUAAAUAUUAAUUUCAAUUUUAUAAAUAAUUUUUUUAUCAAAAGUUAUGUAUUUAUUGAUUUAUAAAUAAUUAUUAUUUUAAGUUGUGUACGUGUAGCAACAGCUGUAAUUUCAAAUCAGCUGAACAGUCUGAGCUUUGCUUUCCGACAAGCUGGCUGGCUACAGAAUUACAGAAAUGUACAGCAAUUUUGAUGAUUAACCUAUUCGGUUUUUCAAACAGUUUUCUAGUUUUCUUUUUUAUUAAGUAUUUAUGAAUGAUUUAAUUAGAUUUUUGAGAGCGCAAUUAGGUUUUAAUCUACAUUCAUCAUGAAUUUCAAUGCAUCUGCUCAAAAUUAUCCAAAAUCAAGUGGGAGAAAACUGUUGAAGCGGCCGAAUGAAGUUCCCGGUCUGGAGUCUUCCGGGCCUACACAGGCCCCUCCCCCCUCCAUGCAGAUGCCGUACAGUCCCUAUCCAGGUGUGGCACCACCCGGCAUGUCCCCCUACCCACCGCAGAUGAAUAUGCCACAGUAUCCUCAACAACCCAUGCCAAUGGGAGGGUACGGAGGCGGCUACAUGAACCCCGGGGCGAUGCCCCCGGGGAUGGCGGCCGGUGCAUCGAGCCUACUCGGCGAUCCUCUCGUGGCGAACGUGGCCAUGCACUACGGCAACGCACUCGUCGACUCGGGCAAGCAGCUCGUCGACCGGGAGUUCGAGAAGUACGUGCCAGUCACCCGGCUCAAGUACUACUUUGCUGUCGACACCUCCUACGUCACUAGGAAGCUCAAACUGCUCUUCUUCCCUUUCACUCACAAAGAUUGGUCUGUGAAAUAUGAACAGAGCGAACCAGUGCAGCCGAGAUACGAAGUCAAUGCUCCAGAUUUGUACAUACCUACGAUGGCUUAUGUUACUUAUAUCUUGGUAGCAGGUCUUGCUUUGGGUACUCAGAACAGGUUUACUCCUGAAAUUCUUGGAAUUCAAGCCAGCUCAGCUCUCGCAUGGACAAUAGCUGAAAUUCUUGUAGAACUAGUAACUCUGUACAUUACAAACAUUCAAACUCAUCUCAGAGCUUUGGAUUUGCUCGCAUAUUCUGGUUACAAGUUUGUUGGGAUUAUAUUUGCCGUUCUUCUAAGUUUGUUAUUCCAGAAGACUGGCUACUAUGUCGCCCUUGUCUAUUCGAGUUUCGCAUUAGCCUUUUUCAUAAUGAGAACAUUGAAAUGGCAGGUGUUGACAGAAGUGGAUCCUGUGAACUCCGGUAACGAAUUCUCUUCUCCUGACAGUUAUUCUCAUCAGAACAUGCACGCCAGGUUAACUGGGCAUAAGAGACGACUCUACUUCCUAGUGUCAGUGGCAGGAGUCCAGCCCUUACUCAUGUGGUGGCUUUCGUCUCAUCUUAUUUCAUCGUCCAUUCAAUAAUAUUCGCAUAUUUCUCACGUGAAAGUCUGCAUUUCAAUCUCAUCUAAACUUAUUUUCUCAAUCAUAUUUAUUCUUGUGCUUAUGAAAUCGGACAGUUUCUGUAGAUUAUACUUUUCUGAGUAAGUUUUAAUAUCUUCUAUUUUUGUUCGAUCAACCUUUGGUACAGUAUUUCUAUUCAGCUUUAUACUUUACAAAAAGCUGUUCACUUAAAAUUAAAAUUCGUAAUUCAAUAUUUAUUCCAUUUUUAUCCUACUUGAAUUAAAAAUGUGUAACAUUUAAAAAACUAUUUUCUAAGAUUUGUAAAUAAAAAACCUCAUAAUACCUGUUUGGAGUUAUUAAUUUAGAUCUUUCAUACCUGGGAAGAGUGUUAUUCAUUUAGAUAUCCUAAUUAAAUGGUUCAAUAAUAAUGUAUCAUUCAUU